CACACACCAGCCACACAUUUAUAUGGAUAUGCAAACACACACACACACACACACAUGCAAACAUCUUGUUUUCCACAGAAGUGGUAUCUUACUGCUAGCAACAGAGUGAUUCAUUGGCCCAAAGGUGAGGAGACAGCUGCAUUAAGACAAUUAUUCACCUGAUAAGAGACAGGUAGCCAGGCAUUUACAAUCUGUGACUGUCAGACACAGGUGGUGCAUGUCAGAAACUGGCCAGUUGCUAUGUUUGGUGGCAAGUAACUCGAGUCAGGGACAGUUCCAAAAUAAGUUGCAGUUAUGUUUUUGUGCUUGCAUCUUGAUAAAGACAGUGGGUUCCAUGUUGAUCUUUAUGUUUUUCACAAAGUGAGCAGCUCAUAAAAAGCAGGUACUAAUGUACAAACAGGUCUUUUCUGAUAUCCACACACACACAAUGUACACAUACGAGCACACAUGAUGCAGUGUGUUUUCAGUCUGAGCGAGUGUAUUCAAAAAAGGAAGGUAUAGAAUUUUGACAGCAUGCCAUCAAAAACACUUUAUCACCAAAAGUUUGGGUACAGGUAACAAAAAUCGAAAAGGAAGGACAUUGUGUUAACAAACAAAACAAUGAUCUCCAUUAUGACAAACAAUUUAUGACACAACACAGAAGAAAUUAAAUGUGCACACAUAUACAUGGUGGUUUUAUGAAAAUAUGUACAUAAACAUGCACACUCUUUUGAAUAGCUACGGUAUCAAUAUAAAAUGUACUGGGAUGUAAAAAUGAAUGAUCAAAAGUUAUUAUUCAUAGCAAAUUAUCAAUAACACAAUUUUUUUUGAGUUUGAAUAAAUGGAGGAGUGAGUGAAUGGGUGAGGAUGUGUAUGUUGGUGAACAGAAAUGUACAAACAAAUUAGUUUGUGAUAAACAUGUUUUACUUCAUACUGGCUUUCAUCAUCCCGAAUUUGCAUAUAAGUCUGAAAUACUAAUGAUAUUAUUUUUCUAACUGCAUAAAUCAAGUAAUAAUUUUAUAAAGGCAUAUAUGCAAGUAAACAUCUGAAAUGUUUAGAGAAUAUCAUCAGCACAGUGCAUGCCACCCGUUUUCUGCUUUCCUACAGCAAAUCAACAACUUUCCCCAGGACUGAAAUGGAGACUUUAAAAAGGCAUGAGCCCAACCAUCAAAGAUUCGAACUGUGUUGGGAAGCCAGAUACACGGAGAAACUUCUAAGAACAGUGAACAGUAAAACACUUCCACAUUUUGUCUAUUAGACAAAUCUUUGAAUUUUAUUACAAAACUUUGAAAUCUGAAAUGGAAACUGAUCUCUCACAUUAUGGUAGAGAUCCUUAAUCUCCAUGGAUAAUGAUAAACAUGCUUGAACUGUGCCAAAUAUUGAUUUUGAUGACAACAUUUUCUGCAGAGUGCUAAUAUUAACCUCCAGUCUAGCAAACAAGGCGCCAAAAUGAACAACUCCACUUCAGGGGACUCUACAGAGCCUGAUGUUACAUUUCUGCAAAACUUGCGCAGAUACGCAUAUGGAUACAUCAUGUUUACCACCUGCUUGGUUGGCAUCUUUAGCAACAUCUUGGCCUUUGCUGUUCUCUCAUGCAAAUCCAUGCGAUCCUCCAACACAGCUGUCUAUCUCCGCUGUUUGGCUGCCGUCGACUCCUGUGUGCUCCUGCUCGCCAUCUUCAGGUACCAGAGUUACUUCAUCCUCUUGCCUGAGAAGGACAUCAUCACCUCCAUUUUCCAGUUGAACCCCUAUGUCCAAGUGUACCUCACACCUUUCUUCUGGAUAUUCCUCGGCAUGUCCAGCUUUACUACAUUCAGUCUCUCGUUAGAGCGUUAUCUGGCUGUCAGGUGGCCACUGACUUUGAAGCAAACAUGCACCAUGACAACUGUGGCCUGCUGUUUAGGUGGCAUCACCCUCAUGGUUUUUUUGAUCACCUUUCCGCAGUUCUUAUGCUACAAAAUUGAGAAGGCCGUUUUCCGGAAUACCCAUAUUGUGGUUGCAAAAUUAACCAAUGACUACCUUGAUGCACAUGCGUACAUGCAAGCCUAUGACCACUACAUUUUACCCAUCUUCUGGUACAUGGUGCCAUGGUUUGCUGUUGCUACCUUUAAUACUCUUCUCUCCAUAGAGGUACACAAAUCCUCUAGAAUUCGCAUAGGCAUUCCAAACAUAGCCAACCCUAAUCGCAAACUUUCUGUCCUUAUAAUGUUAAUUGUGUUUGUAUACAUGAUUUGCCACUUUCCACGCUGCAUUCUGGCUUUCUAUUGCCUCAUCAAUAACUGCUCCAGCACCACUGAAGGCGAAGGCGUUGAUUUCAGAACCUAUCACAUUGUACAAGCAGUGGCUGACAUGCUUAAUGUGCUGAACAGCUGCUGUAACUUUGUUAUCUACUGCAUGUCUGGGACACGCUUCCGAAAAGAAGCUAAACAAUUGCUGUGUCAGUUUUGCUGCAACUCACAGCCACUCAUGUUGCCAACAAUGCAGUCAGUGCACAUAUCAUUGCAAGGUGUUCCUGCCACUCCCGUAGAUGUCCGAAAGUCUUUCAACAUGUCCUACAAGGAGCUACAGAUCACACCCAAUCUGUCACCCAGCAAAUCAAUGGUGGAGCUACAAAUUCCUGAUUCUUGUGCAAGACCAUCUUCCAGUUCAUCCUGCAAAACCUCUCCAUCCACCUCUUGUUUGAAGCUGCCAGCCACAUAUCAAAAUCUGACCAUAUGAGAGACAACCAUUCAUUUUUCUUUCUUAAUGACCUCUCUGGUCUCAGCAUAGUGAAGUCACUAGACAGCUGUUUAGCAUGUUGUGUCUGUAUAUAUAUAUAUGAAAACAUGCAACACAGUUAAGCAAACUCUCUUCCACAGAUUUCAUGAGCCUGAAACUGGAAUAUAUAGGAUGUGGAUCAGUUACAACAAGGAUUUAAAAGAAAUGAUACAUUUCAACAGCUUUCACAUUGUUCACUGUAGAUUUUGUCACCCUCCCACCAAAGUUUAAAAAUAUGUAAGUAUUUUUUGCUUAUAACUUUUCAAUAUAAUUUUGAGUUUUCAGAGUGCUUUUUACCUCAAUAAGUAUUGGAUCAUUACCCACAGAUUUAUACAUGUUCUUUGUUUGUUCUUGUGCAUUUUUUUUUUUGUUUUUUUGUUUUUUGGUUGUUGUUGUUGUAAUGAUCCCUUUUGCUGCAUUUCCUCCCUUUGAAAUGUGUCUUACAUGAUGUAAUUUCUAUUUGAUAAAAGCCAUAGUGUUAAUAGUCAUAGUGAUAACAGUGUUAUCAAUUUACUGCAUUUUUAAAUUUUUCUGGAACAAACAGAAUGAAAUGUUAGCAAAUGACAAAGCUGCAGUUUUAGUUUGACUCAUAUGCACGUAGAUGAAAACAGGACAGGGGUGGCAACAUCAAAAUUACUAUACAAUUCUUUUUCAUAAUCACUCUGAGAGAAAGAGCAAAAGCCACUAUUUUCAAAGAUAAUGCAUGCUAUUAAUGCCGCAGCUGACAAACAACCAUGCAGAAAGGAGUGCUGACAUUCCAUCAACUCAAAGCCACAAGUUUACACAGAUGUGUUGACUGUUAUUCACACACUGAUCUCUUCAGCCAUAUACCCAGCUGCCACAGCAAAGCAGCCAAAUAUUAAUGCUAUUAUGAAUAUCCACAAUCAUACCUGAGUAAAGGAGGCCAUUAAUUGUUUUUCACAAGGUGAAUUCAAAAAUACAUUAAAAUUAGUACUAUGAAAGCAGUUCUCUGGCGACACCUAAUCAUCAUAAGCACAAAUACUGUUUCAGAACCAGAAACUUUAAUACAGAGCCAAUAAC